AUGGAAAAGCCGGAAAAAGUAGAACUAGUGUACGAAUACAAGAAACGAAGAAAAGAAUUUGGAAGACAAACGUUAUUUGAAGAUCAUGGGCCUGAAAUGAUAGUUAGCAUACCAAACAAUCCAGCACAAUACUCGGAUUAUAUUCUUCGCAAUCCGGUGCAUUGUGCUAUCCAAAACACAGGGACUAUGUCUGAACAUUGGGUUAAUUCUGUGAGAGCAGAAUACACAAGUUCUGGUGUAAGCCACGUUGAGGGUGGGUGGCCUAAAGACAUCAAUAUGAAUGAUCCUGAAGCAACACAAAGAUAUCGAAGGAAAAUCGAGAAGGAUGAUGCUUAUAUUCACGCAGUUAUGCACUUAGGUCAUAGCAUGGAACACAAUAUCCUACAAAAUAAUGCUGUGGAUAUGUACGAGACAUACAACACAGAACUACCAGCUAUACCACCAGUAGAAAACAGUGGUUGUCAUACAGUCAAUGUGUACCGUGAACCGGAUGGCAGGCGUCCGAUCCGAUCUUUGUCGUGGCAAGCAGACGGAGGUGCCAAACUAGCAGUAGCACAUGCAGAUAUCGAGCUUACGAGGAAUUCUAGAAAUCCACAAUAUUCUUACAUUUGGGACAUUGAGAAUGCCAAUGCACCCGAACUGGUGAUAAAACCACCCCAACCUUUGCUAGAUCUCAUAUACAAUCCUCGAGAUCCACAUCUUAUAAUCGGAGGAAUGAUGAAUGGACAGGUUGGGUGGUGGGACACAAGGAAAGGUGGAGAUCCCGCUGGAGUUUGCCCACCUCACGUUGCCCAUCGAGACAUAGCUCGAAAUGUGCUCUUUAUAAACUCAAAAAUAGGGGCUGAAUUUUUCUCUUCAUCACCAGAUGGUGUUGUCAAAUGGUGGGAUACACGCAAUAUGAGUGAGCCUACAGACUCAAUGAUUAUAGAUAUCGUAAAAGCAGUAACUGAUACACCGUCCAUUGAUAACGCCAUUGGAAUAUCAGCACUUGAAUAUGAGCCAACGAUACCAACGCGGUUCAUGGUUGGGACAGAAACUGGUUUAGUGAUUGGAGGUAAUCGAAAAGGGAAAAAUGCUGUAGAAAAGCUUCCCACUAAGUAUGAAGCACACUUUGGUCCUGUAUACGCCUUACAAAGGAACCCGACAUUCGUGAAAAACUUCCUAACAGUUGGGGAUUGGACGGCUCGCGUGUGGAGCGAAGACUGUCGUGAAUCUGCAAUUCUAUGGACAUAUUCGCAUCGAACGAAACUCACUGAUGGUGCAUGGAAUCCUAUCAGGUUUUCGUUGAUGCUGGUCACACAGUGGGAUGGAUGCCUUUCUUGUUGGGAUUUAUUACGAAGAAGAAGCGCCCCGUUGGUAACAGCACAGCUUUGUGAUGAACCUUUACUUCGUCUGCGACCACACGAAGGAGGCUUACUGGUAGCAUGUGGUAGCAGUAAAGGAACAGUCUACUUAGCUGAAUUAUCAGAAAAUCUUGGUACAGCAGACAAAAACGAUAAACAACUAUUAACACACGUUUUAGAUCGUGAAAACAAAAGAGAACGUAUAUUAGAAGCUCGGAUGCGAGAGUUGAGAUUAAAAAUGCGCCAAGGUGGUAACGCAAAUGAACCGGCAGUGGAAACUGAUCCUUCGAUGAACGACAGAGAUCUAGAGGAGGCCACCACAGAGUAUAUGCAAACUAUCAACGACUUACAAGCGCAGCAGAAAACGGAGAGCUAA